GAGAAAGAGACAGAUGCACUGCAGGUGAAGUUAUCAGGCGGUGAGAAUGAGGGGACGUCGCCUGAAGCCACUCUUCUCUUUGGGGAUCGCUCUCUUCUUUUUGGGGAUUCUGCUGACCGCUCUCGUCUGGUACAAUGGCAACAAAAAUAACGUGGAAACUCGACAGCUGUCUCUUGAAAAGAAAAGAGCCCCUCCGCCUUCUGAACUUUGUAAAGGCUGCAGACAGGUCAUCGACAAAGUAAGAGAGCGUUACAAUAAAACCUGGAUUAAGCAGGUGGACGAUUACCUAGAAUUCAGAUCUCAGCUGAGCAGAAAGUGCCAUGGUUUUGACAGUGCAUUCAUCACCCAGUACAACACGCCAGUUGGAGCAAAGAUUGUGUAUGAUGGAGAAAAGACGCGCACCCUCCAGGUGACCCCGGAGAUUUUCAGCACCUUCCCAAAGGAGCAUCCAUUUUCAAACAAAAUAUGGGGAACAUGUUCCGUUGUUGGGAACGGUGGGAUCCUGUCCAACAGCAGCUGUGGAAAGAUGAUUGAUUCAGCAGAGUUUGUUAUGAGGUGUAACCUACCUCCCUUGGACAACGGCUAUGAGAAUGAUGUGGGGAUCAAGACUGACCUCGUGACAGCAAAUCCAAGCAUCCUCAUUAAGAAAUACGGGUCUCUGCAACAGCGUCGGCGUCCGUUUGUGGAAAGUCUGCGUAGCUAUGGCAACUCUUUGCUGCUCCUUCCCGCCUUCUCCUACGGCUUCAACACGCCUUUGUCCCUGCGGGCCGUGUACAGCAUUGAGGACUUUAAAAGCCCCACCCGGCCUGUCUUCUUCAACCCAGAGUAUCUGGAGAGUUUGGGCCUCUUCUGGCGCUCCAGAGGCCUAAAAGCAGUACGUGCCAGCACCGGCCUGAUGAUGGCGAGCUUGGCGCUGGAACACUGUACCGAUGUGCAUCUUUAUGGGUUCUGGCCCUUUGGUAAUCACCCCCAGGGACUCCAUGCGCUGACUAACCACUACUACGAUGACGUACAACCUAAAAACACAGUCCAUGCCAUGCCGGUUGAGUUUGAAUUCUUGUUGCAGCUGCAUAGUCAGGGGGUGCUCAGGCUUCACCUGGAAGAUUGUCAACCAGGUGAAAAGUAGUUCCCAAACCCAGCAGAAGGGCCGGGGAGAAGUGCCUCGAUUUGUAGCCCACUCGCUUAUAAAGUCUUUCAUAUCAUUUUGAAUGAACGGACAGAUAAUUUGGGCUCAUGACAUGUGUCCAAACACUAGGUGGGUUUGUAUGUGUGGAUCUGCUAUUGAACAGAGGCACGGGGCCCAUGUGCAUGUUGAUGUAAGGGUGCAUAUGGGUGAGUGCUUGGUGAUGGGGACAAGUGUGUAUGUGUGUGGAUGGGAAGCAAAUUAUUUUUUUACCGUGUCUCAACCUGACGUGUCACAUGUCGUCAUAUGAUGAAGGGGAUUGUAGUGGCCAUUUGUCCUUGGGAUCAAUAAACAAUUGUGUCAAAGGGCCA